CAUGCAUCUCCCGGGCGAACUCAAAACGCUCCCGCCGCGCGUUCCCGCGGCGCAUGCCCCUACCAGGCACGCCACACACCAAUCUUGCUCCCAGUUCCAUCGAUCGAUCGAUCGAUCGAUCUCGCCGUCUUUCUUCAGCGCGCGCCGGAAUCGUCCAUGGCGGCGGCGAGCUACACGGGCCGGCGCACCUGCGAGUCGUGCACCACGAGGGCGAUGGCCGGGUGCGUGGUGGGCGAGCCGGCGUCGGCGUCGGCGCCGGGGCAGAGGGUGACCGUGCUGUCGAUCGACGGGGGCGGCAUCAGGGGGCUCAUCCCGGGCACCAUCCUCGCGUUCCUCGAGGCCAGGCUGCAGGAGCUCGACGGCCCCGGCGCGAGGCUGGCCGACUACUUCGACUGCAUCGCCGGGACCAGCACCGGCGGCCUCAUCACCGCCAUGCUGGCCGCGCCCGGCGACGACGGCCGCCCGCUCUUCGCCGCCCGAGACAUCAACCGCUUCUACCUCGACAACGGCCCCCGCAUCUUCCCCCAAAAGAGGUGCGGCAUCACGGCGGCCGUGGCGGCGCUGACGCGGCCGAGGUACAACGGCAAGUUCUUGCAAAGCAAGAUCAGGCGCAUGCUCGGGGAGACGAGGGUGUGCGACACGCUGACCAACGUCGUCAUCCCCACCUUCGAUGUCAGGCUGCUCCAGCCCACCAUCUUCUCCACAUACGACGCGAAGAGCAUGCCCCUCAAGAACGCACUCCUCUCCGACGUCUGCAUCAGCACAUCCGCCGCGCCGACCUACCUCCCCGCGCACUGCUUCCAGACCAGCGACGAGGCCACCGGCAAGACCCGCGAGUUCAACCUCAUCGACGGCGGCGUCGCCGCCAACAACCCUACGAUGGUGGCCAUGACGCAGAUCACGAAGGAGAUGAUCGCCAAGGACAAGGAGGAGCUGUACCCGGUGAAGCCGGCGAACUGCGGCAAGUUCCUGGUGCUCUCCAUCGGCACCGGGUCGACGUCCGACCAGGGGAUGUACACGGCGAGGCAGUGCUCGCGGUGGGGCAUCGUCCGGUGGCUGCGCAACAAGGGCAUGGCGCCCAUCAUCGACAUCUUCAUGGCGGCCAGCUCCGACCUCGUCGACAUCCACGCCGCCGUCAUGUUCCAGUCGCUGCACAGCGACGGCGACUACCUCCGCAUCCAGGACAACACCCUCCACGGCGCGGUGGCCACGGUGGACACCGCCACGAAGGAGAACAUGCGGGAGCUCGUCGGGAUCGGCGAGCGGAUGCUGGAGCAGCGGGUGUCCAGGGUCAACGUCGAGACCGGCAGGUACGUCGAGGUGCCCGGCGCGGGGAGCAACGGCGACGCGCUGAGGGGCUUCGCGAGGCAGCUCUCGGAGGAGAGGAAGGCGAGGCUAGGGCGGCGGAGUGCUGCCAGCGGCGCAGAAUCCAACUUGUCCUGCAAGUGUUAGCAACUGUACCACGACCGAUCAUUCCUUUUUUCGACGGACACUUGGGAAUAAUAAGAUAGUGCUAUCGGUUACAA